UCAGCAUUCGACUUUUUGUUGAAGACGAACAAUUACGCUAGAAAGAUUAAAGUUUGUUUUAAUUACAGGCUUUGCCGUUCUUGAAAAAGGCCGGCUCAAUUAUUUUCAGACGGCGAUGGUUGGAAAGACUCCCCCUGGGUCAAUUAUUCGCAGGCAGUCCAGGUUGGAGGUAGAAUGACGAAAUUGGCUUUAUCCCAAAUCGGAGAUAUCCAUUACUACAUUCUCCGAAACCUGAAGCUCGACAUAUUCUUGAACGAUAAGGAGGACACGGUGAUAACCAAACUACAAAAGUAUGUCUUGACUCUUUUCAUUAUCGGGAUCGUGCAGACAUUCGCCAUCCUCCAAGUUACCUCCUACGACCCGGCCGACCCGUUCGAAGAAAAGGCCAUGCACUGGGGCAUUUCCUUGAACAUGACCUGCUUCUUGAUAAAAUUUAUCAGGAUCAUAUCCAACAUAGGCCUCUUCAAGUCGUUGUUCAUCGAUUUCGAAAGAAUGAAUUGCAACCAACACAGAAGCGACUACGCGAGAGAAGUCUUGACAAAAGCAAUCGAUUUUUGCAAGAAAAUCGACAAAAACUGCAUGUAUUUCAUGGUUUUCAUUUAUUUGGUUUGGUUCUUGGUGCCAGCUUUACUCAGCCCUUUUGUAGUAUUGGUUAACCAAGAAGAAAUGACAUAUGAUAGUAUCACCUCCCACUUACCGACGACUUUCUCUUUCAAAGUCAACAGUCCUUUUCGCGAAAUUAGAUAUGUGUUCGAGUCCGUCAACUGUUUCGUAGCAACAGCGCUAUUGCAGUCCGCAAAUUUAUCAUUUUUCGUCAUUGUCUACAUGCUACAAACUCAGUUCAUGGUGCUGUGCGAUUCUGUCAAAAGAAGACACGAUCUGACGUCAAAUGACGAUAAAGAACCUCUGGCUCUGAAAAAACUAAUCAAAGAUCACGUCACACUUCUCCGGAUCAGCAAGAAUUUAAAAGAAUUUCUUAGUCCUUUGUUAAUGGUGCAAUUGCUCGACAGUGUCUUCUUGAUCGGAUGUAUCGGUUCCAGCUUAACGUCAACACCUACGACAAAAGAUGCCAGUCUCAUAGAUGUGCUAGCGAAUUUUGUUCAGUUUGCAUCUUUUUUGUGUUUGGCGCUCGCCGAACUAUUUAUGUACUGUUGGCUCAGUCACAUUACAAACGAGUCGAACCAGAAACUGGCAUCUGCGAUCUUUGAAACCAGCGAUUGGUAUCUAAAUCUGGGUGGGAAACGCGAUCUUGUCCUGACGAUUUUGCUGUCUCAACGGGACACGAGUUUCAGAGCAUUUGACAUGGUGGGAAUAAACCUUUUCCGAUUUCUAGACGUCGUAAGGUUGUCCUAUUCGUAUUUUACGAUGUUGAAGCAAUUCGCGAAGGGAGAGGAGUGAAAAUCCAUGUACGCGUAGUACAAAAUGUUUUCUGGAGAAAAUACAAGAUUAUUACAAUUUCCUACUGACAUAUUGGCUAGAUAACAAAAAAUUAUAUGUUUUCGACAAUCGCACAAGCGCAAUUUAAACAGUAAAUUAAAAAAAGUAGCCUAUUCUUCCUGAAAGAGCAUUUUCACGAGAAAAGUUGAAAUUCUGAGAAGUUAUGUGCUUAUGAAGUAUUGUGAAAAUUAUUUUAAG